AUGUCAGCCGAUCCAGACGCCGCUGCAGAAGCGAUUGAGCUCGCUCAAAGCAUAUUUGUCAACAAUUUCUGCGGAGAUGUAGCCCUCACCCUGCUGUUUUUCGAAUACGCGACGACUCUCGAUCGCGAGGUGAAUCUGUUCUGGAAGCGCAAGUUUACGGGCGCGACGACUCUGUUUCUCACAAACAGAUACAUCCCUUUGCUCUUACACGCUGUGGACAUGUGCGGAUAUGCACCAAUGAGCGAUAAGUAUGUCCCAUGGGCCGCGUUCUCAGGACUUAGAGCAUACGCCCUCAGUGGACCGAGUAUCAUUCUAGGACUAACAACGUUCUUGCUAUCGUCCGUGGCCAUUGCCGUCAACCUGACACAAUACCAUUGGCUCAUCGGCUUCAAUGAUCCUACGUAUGGAUUGACGAUCGUCUCCCGAACGUGUAUGAUCGCCGCCGAUGUGCUCGUCAUCAUCAUCACAUGGGCGGCAACGUAUCGCAUGCGGGGUCUCCGCCUCAACGGCGGCAUCGGGCGUACUUUGUCUGCUGUGCUGUUUGAAUACGGCAUAAUCUACUUCCUCUUCCUCACCAUCUUGAACGCUCUCCAUCUCUCCUUCACACUUGUGUCGCUCGCAAGCGAUAGCAUCUCGCCGGUCAGCUACGUCACGGUGUUCACGGAACCGAUCACUGCCGUGCUCAUCUCACGGUUUCUCUUCGAACUGCAAGAAGCGAAUGCAGACGUCACGGCUUCUGAUGCGCACAACGAUGUCUCCUCUCGCACUACUUCGCUCAACUUUGCGCGUGUCGUUGGAACCCUUGGAUCCCCUUUGGUAUCUCAAGACGAGCGGUUAGCUAGGCCCGCGAUGGAUUCGGAGACGUAUGAGCUGGAGGAUGCGGGCAAGACCGUGCGCACGGUGGAAUAA